AUGUGUAUUACAUCCUGUUCGGCGAGCCCGCGAGUCUGCCCCUGGAAGAUCUGGGCAGCAGCGGCAGCAGCGGCAGCAGGAGUGCCCUCUCCGAGGCGGCACUCCGCCUACCCAUCCGGCCCUCCCGCCGGGAUCUUCGCCGGGUGCGGCUGGUGCACCCGCCAAGGCGAUUCCGGUACCGCUGCGCCUUCGUGGAGUUCGCCACGGAGGCGGCGGCGGUGGAGGCAGAGGAGCGCCUCGAGGGCAAGGAGGUGGAGGAGUGGGGCGGGCAGGCUCUGCAGGUGGACUGGGCCGACAACCCAAUCCACGACUCCCACUGGUCGGACUUCGAUCCGCCAACUGGGAGGCCCUGCCUGUUCGCCUUGA